UGUUCUCUCUGAGUUUUUCUGAUGAGAAAGAGAAAGAAAGAAAAUCACAUAAAUUACAUUAAAGUACCAAAAUUUUCACCGCAGAACCUUACUUUUCCACCUUAUAAAAGAAAUCGGUGUCACCAAACGUUUCACUUACAACGUUUCCUCUCUUUAGCCACCACCCUUUCACGUGUCCUUCUCUUACCUUGUUCGCUCCGUCUCUUGCCGAGGAAAAGGAAAAACCUCAAUUGGGUUCCUUUGUUUUUCUUAUUUCCUUGUUCCCAUAACGAGUUUCUUUGUGGGGGGUUUCUUACGUGAAGUUUUCACCUUUGUUGAAGGGGUGACGCAGAGAUUGUUGACACAGAGGUUAAAGGGUGGUGCUAGUUGAAAAAUGGAAGGAAGGAAGCAAAUGGGUUCUUCUUCUAUUACUUCUGAGCUCUUUGGGCCCAAUCAGUCCCAUAAAUCUUCUGCAACUGGAAUUUUUGAAUCUAUGUUUCCUCCACCGUCUAAGGUGUUGGGGAGAGAGUCUCUGCGUUCUGAAGCAAGUGAGAAAACUGCAAGUGAGUGGUGGAGCUCAAAUAUUGAUCACAUCAGCAAGGAAAGUGGUGGUGAAACUCAGAACACAGCACAUAAGGAUGUGAGUUCUAUGUAUCAGGAACAAAAAGUUCAACCAUGUCAGCUUAGCUCAUCAAUCCAUUAUGGUGGCCAGGACAUAUAUUCUCGUCCUAAGAGUACACAGGAUUCUGAAUUCAAUUCUUUGAUGUACAAGAAAGAUGGGGUUGAAGAUGAUUCAGGAACUGCUUCAAGAGGAAAUUGGUGGCAAGGGAGUCUGUAUUACUAAGAUCGCACUUGCCAAGAAAUAUGCUCCUUAAGGUAAAUAAGAGGAUAGUUUAGCAGUUUAGGCCAUCUUUUGUUGCGUGCACCAGUUAUGAAUAGCGUGAACGUUGUGGAUGGCUUGGCUUGUUGCUUUCUCCAGCCAAAACAGAAUCACUAUAUGAACCUGUAAAGAGUAUAGUAUUGAAAACUGUGGUAAUGUGAAAGUUGUAUUGUAUGGUAUAGGAACUUCAUGCAUCAUCAUCAGCUACUCUCUUAUGUGGCUGAAGCUUUUAAGCUUUUACUUUAAUGGGAGGAACCCUCUUUUACUGGUUUCCCCUCUACUUUGUAUUUCAGAUGUUGUAAGUGAGAACUCAUCAUUUAUGUACAUAUAAUAUAUAUAUGUUCGUAUAUCA